GAGGCGCUGUUUCUUUAACGUUGAGAGUCCACUUGGCGCCACCUAGGGGUGCUGUGUUGAACUGAGAAGGUUUUGUUUUCUCAUUCCAGCGAGAGGAGAGCGCAUAUCUCUCUGAGCUGCUGUGUGCAAAUUCAGACACACAGUAUACUAUGGCUGAUCCGGCUGCACAUUGCCUUCACUAAUAAAUGAACACAAUUGAAACCGGGAGGGUGUGUCAGGGGGCAUAUUUGCAAUAAAUCUGGUUGAAAACACGAGAGCACAAACAGUCUUAAGGAGUGCGGAGAACGUUCUGGAUAUUUCGAUCAAGGCAGAGCGAAUGGAGAUCUGAGCAAAGAAUGCAAAACCGGGUUUAACAAGGGAGUCGGAUUCCUGUUUAUCUCGAGUCCCAUUUAAAUUAUUUAUCACAUCUGGAUUUAAAUUCUACAAUAACUCAAGAUGCAGACGUUCCUUAAAGGCAGAAGAGUCGGAUACUGGCUGAGUGAGAAGAAGAUCAAGAAACUACAUUUUCAGGCCUUUGCAGAGAUGUGCAGGAAAAGGGGAAUAGAAGUGGUGCAGCUUGACUUGACGAAACCCAUUGAGGAGCAGGGCCCACUGGACGUGAUCAUCCACAAGCUGACAGAUCUCAUUCUCGAGGCAGACCAAAACGACACUCAGUCCCUGCUGCUUGUCCAGCGUUUCCAGGACUACAUUGAAGCCCAUCCAGAGACCAUUGUCCUUGACCCUCUUCCAGCUAUCCGGACCCUGUUGGACCGGUGCAAGUCUUACGAGCUGAUCCACAGGAUAGAAGACCGCAUGCAAGAUGGCAGGAUCUGCUCUCCUCCCUUCAUGGUGCUUACCAGCGAGUGUGGACCAGAUACCCUGGAGCAGAUAGAGAAGCACAGACUCACAUUCCCCUUCAUAUGCAAAACCAGAGUAGCACAUGGCACAAAUUCUCAUGAGAUGGCAAUCAUUUUCAACGAGGAGGGUCUGAAGGACAUCAAGCCCCCCUGUGUGAUCCAGAGCUUCAUCAACCACAAUGCCGUACUGUACAAGGUGUUCGUGGUGGGAGAGUCCUACACAGUGGUGGAGAGGCCAUCCCUCAAGAACUUUCCAGCUGGACCUGCAGACAGAAAAACAAUAUUCUUCAAUAGUCACAACGUUUCAAAGCCAGAGUCGUCCUCAGACCUGACAUCUAGGGACAAUGUGGAAGGGGUGUCGCAGCUGCCCAACGAUGAUGUCAUCAGGGAGAUGUCGAGGUCUCUGUGCCGGGCGCUCGGGGUGUCCCUGUUUGGAAUCGAUGUGAUCAUCAACAACCAAACCGGCCAGCACGCUGUCAUUGACAUUAAUGCAUUCCCAGGUUAUGAAGGUGUACCAGAAUUCUUCAGCGACCUACUGAACCACAUAACUGCUGUGCUUCAGGGGCAAACUUCAGAGGUUUCAGCCGCUCCACACAACGGCAGCGCAGCAGAGCAGGUGGCCAGUGUUGUGGUGAACACAGCAGACCGAAGCAGUGGCACUCCCACAGGCUGCUGCAGCAUGCUGGGAAAAGACGCCAAUCCCUGGAUUUUGGAGGGAGACAGUGGCGGCAAGAAGGCCUCGCACCAGAGACUAGGCUGCAACUCGGCCAUGUCGCCCAAUUUCCAGCAGCACUGUGUGGCCACGCUGGCUACAAAAGCUUCUUCCCAAUGACCAGUUUUCCAAGAGAUAUAUAGAAAGAAACGAAAAAAAACAGACCACCUGAUGCUGAUUUUAGGAGUUUUUUUUUUUUUUUUUAUACAGUUAAGACAACCUCUCUUCCCCAUCAGUUUUACAAAUCAUUGUGACUCACUUCAUUGCCCAAAGGAUAAGCGACUAAUUUAUCGUGUCAGUCCAGUGCACUUUUUUGUGGAAAAGGUUGAGUAAUGGUACUGGGGUGUGGGGUGGGCAGAAAAUUGACAUUGCCUUUUGAAAAGUAAACAUAGAGUGCAUUAUGUAUGUACACAUCUAUGACAAAAUGAUGCGUACAUGUAUUUUUUGUUUUGUUUUAUUUUUAGGUAUAGAGUAUAUUUACAAUUUUUAAAGAAAUUGACAUUGUAUGGUGGAAAAUGUUGGGUAUUUGCUACCCAAGACACAUGUAAAAAUAACAUAACAAAAGGGGAAACCGAGACUUUGAAAUGGAGGCAGCAGAGUAAGAGUCAUUUAAAAAACUAAAAUAGUAAAGUAAGGAGAGCGCUCAUAAUUCACCAAAACCCUUGAAUUUGAGAUCAAAUUCUUUGCCGUUUUGAUAAUAGAUUUGCAGUUGCCUUUUCCUGUUCUUUUAGAUUAAUCUUUUGACUAGGUACCUUGAUGUUGCUAUGACAACAUAGAACGUGUCACUGUUUUAGCCCUUAUAUCGGUCAGAUCGUGUAUCUGGUACAUUAUACCAGACAAAAUACAUUUUAGUUCUUCAGGCAAAGAUACAAACAUAAAAAAUGGCAAGAAAAGCUAGGAGUUUUUAAUUGAGGUUGUUUUCAGGGUUAGUUUGGAGAUUUUCAAGGAAUUAUGAAAGUGUUCACUUAUUUAAAAAAUCUAUUAAUGCUUUGUUGUGCAAUUUGAUUUACUGUACAACAGAACUCCUAGUGUUUCUUACCCACAAGAGAGGAAAAUAUAAUUCCUUUUUUGAACUGAUAAUUCCAACAGCAUUUAAAUAUUGUCUUAAUGGCCUGUAUUUCAGAUAAGGGGCAUUUUUUUUAAUAUUCCAUGAGGUGUGUUUGUUUUGCGUUAAAAGAAAAACUCACUCUAUUUUGCUUUGCAUUAAAUUAAGACAAUAGCUAGUUUGAAUCAAUUAAUAUAUACUGUAUAUGAAGAAAUUAAGUUGAUUAUUAUAAAAAAAAAAUUAGAUUUGGGUGCAGAAUAAAGGCUUAUCAGCAAUCCUGAUGGGAACAGAACAUUAGUUUGUGUCUGCGUGUGUUAUUGGCUUGAUACAGGUCGAAGUGCGGCUACUCUCAACAGAGAAAAAACAAGGAUAAUGAAAUGAUUAUUCCAUGUGUGUACUGUAUGCUGACUGAAAUAAUUUGAUUAUUGAAAUGAGAGGAACAUUCUGUUCUAGAUCUAAUUUAGUAUUUCACAUAUUUUUUAAAUAAUUAUUUAGUUGGAAUAGGUACGUGUAUAUGGGUGAUAUAAAUGCUAGUAUUUUAAACAAUGAGUUGAUAGGCCUGAAGAACAAACAAUGUAUGUUGUCUUGUUGGGAUUUAAAGCUGAUGGUCGGGGGGGGGGGGGGGGGGGACGACAAAUACAAUACAAUAAAGGUUUGUAGGCAGAAGAUCUACUCUCUUCUUGAAUGGGAGAAAACAAUGCAAGUUACAGCAAAUGUUGAAAUUGUGCAUCGCUCUGUUCAGUUGAACCCACCAAUUAAAGAUGUUAAGUUUUUACAGUACGAACAAACCACCACCAAACAAUAGAAAAAUAAAUGUGAACAAAAGUGAAAGAAAUCGAGCAUCAUGUUUCCUGUUAUUUGCUGUUAUCCCAAUUCAAACUAAGCUGCUCCCAUAACCUGUAACCUUCUGUGCAAUGCUCUUCCACCUUUUUGUCAUAUAUAUAUAUAUAUAUAAAAUUCCAUCUCUGGUAUUUAUAGUACAUUAUUGUACAUAUUUCAAGUUAUCAGUGGCAUUCUAAUUAUUUCUGUAGAUUUCUUGAUUGGGAAUGUUCUGUUAACAAUGUCAGAGUUGCCAUGCCAUUAUCUGAACGUCUUUACAAACACCCUUGGUCUCCAUUGCUGUAUAUUAUGGAUGUAUUAAUGUAUGUCCAUUGUAUAUUAAGUAGAUUUUCAUUAUGAUUUUCAAAAGUGCAAUUUUUUUUUUUUUUUUUUUUUUAAUUGGGGUCAGAUUGCAGUUUCACUGUGUGUGUGUUUUUCUUUUAUUUUUAACCCUUCCCAUACAAAUGUAUUUUGAAAACGUAAUUUGUUAUAGGAAAACUAGCCAUCUAAAUGACGCCUUUUUUAAUCGGGCUUAUUUGUUUUGACAGUUAACUGGUUUUACUAUUUGUUUUAAUUGGUCGGGUGGGUUCUUGCUUGUUUCUUGCAGGAUUUCAGCAGAUGCAUUUGCCUAGCACAUGUACAGCAAACACAAAUCUUUGUAAUGUAAUAUUCAUUACAAAUAUUUUAAACAAGGUGUAAGUAAAAUAUCUUUUGUAAAAGUAUGCAAAAGGCUAAAUUAACAUAUAGAGAAGUAGAGAGUACUAGCAUUAUUUUAUUGCAAUUUAGCAAAAAUAAAUAAAAAAAAAUUCAACAUUUAAGACAAGUUUGACAAAAAUAACAUCUUUCAUUUUUGGGUCCAUCUCAGGAUAUUGUGCACAUGUGUCAUCCUCUUCCUCCUCUUCCCUUUUGAAAAUACUACUAGUAUUUUAAAAGAUUGUGAAUCAAAUAAAAUGUGGAUUUUAUAAAUAAAUAAUAAAUACAGUACAUAUAUAUAUAUAUAUAUAUAUAUAUAUAUAUAUAUAUAUAUAUAUAUAUAUAUAUAUAUAUAUAUAUAUAUAUAUUCCAUCCAGUAAUUCACUCUCAGUUAUGCUGUAAAACAGAGAUCAAUGCGUUACAAUACAAAUAGCUUGUCUAUGCCUGGCUACGUAAGAAAUAAAACACCAGGCAGUACAUUUCCACCUGUGUAAGAACAGUUCUCAUGUAUGCAUUCUGGGCCCAAAAAUACUUCCUAUUGUUCUCUUGCACAGUUUUCGUUCUGUAUGACUAAUAACAGGUGUUGAGUACGGGGAACACUAUCUCGCGUAACGGACUGUGUUAUGCUGUACGGUAUGACGUAUGCAAAAUUAAGCUUGCAGGAUCAAAAGGGCACAUAAAUGGAAUAUAUUUAUAUAUUGUAUUUUAUUUAUUUUAUAUUUAACUAACCACACAUUUAUACAGGGUUAUUUAAAUUAAAUAAUAGGAUCUGAUAACACAUAAGCCAUGCAGAGACAUUCCACUCGCAUAUUAUCCUCCCAGUCCUCGGGUCCCUUGUGCCUUGUGGUUUGUCAGGAUAUUUCCUGGGGAAUGCCUCUUAUUACAAUGAAACUGUGACAGAUACCACAAUAAAUUUGGAAGAAAUACGGCACGCUGGUGCUGACAUGGUACCAUGGUAAUGUAAUUGAUUUUAUACCAUUGUGAUACCAUUAGUAGGCUCUAAAUAUGAAAUCAUGACUAAUGUGGUACCAUUCUACCAAUGGUGCAUACCCUUGUAGCUGCCCUUGUGAUACCAUUGCCACCGUUUCCGUUGUUACAUUCGGGGCUCAUUUUGGCACUUGAUAACUCAAUAUAUUUAAGUGUCAUUUGGGUACAAUGAAUGGGAUCAGAAUAAGUAAGUACAUUAACCCUUUUGUUAAAAACAAAAAGCUCUGUGCCACUCAUCGGUCCUCACAUUAUGAUUUGUUCUGAUGAUGUGUUUUUCUUUUUGUAUUUUAUGUUUCAAGAUUAUGUUCUCAAAUAAAUGUUUUAGCCGUCUCCCUGGCUAGAAGAAGAUUGA